GAGAGCGAGACAGAAAUCCAAAACAAUCUGCGUUCUGAACACACAAACACGCACUUCACUUCAAGCUCUGUCUCUCAAAAAAAAAUAAAAAAAAAUUCAUCUCGUCCUUUUUACCUCAUCUCUCUCGCUCCACUUCUGCCCGGAUUUAAUAUUCUCUUCAGAGUUGCAGUUGUAAUAACUAAUAAGGCGUGUUUUGUGAAGUGUUGGUUUUUUUUUUUUUGAGAGGAUAGUUGAAAUGGAGUUUGAUGAGUACGACUACUUAGAGAAAACAGUUGAAAAUCUGGAACCGCCAAAGGCAAAGGAAACUGCUAAUGGCGGGGAUGAUAAGGUGAAAUCUAGGGAAAAGGAUCGUUCACGGAGUUCGAAGCAUAGGAGUGAUGAGAAGGAUCUUGGGAAUGAUGAUGAACGAAGUCGUUCGAAGCGAUCGAGAUCUGGAGAUGAGUCCAGGGAUCGUGAACGGAGUAAAGAAAGGAGUUCAUCCCGUCAUCGGUCACAGUCUAGAGAUGGAGAGAGGGAUCGGCACAAGAGUAGCAGGGAACAUCGAGACAGGGACAGAGGUCGGGAUAGAGAUAGGGAGGAGAUAAAUGGGAAAGAAAGGGAUCGUGAUCGUGAUAGGAGGGAACGUGACCGUGAUGGUGAAAAGGAGAGGGAGAGAGAUAAGAAGGAAAUAGAGCGGUCACGCCGAAGCAGGAGUAGAUCGGAAAGGCGUAGAAGUGAUCAAGAUGAAAAGGAUAGAGAGAGGAGCAGGGACAGGGAGCUUAGAGAAAAGGACAGGGAGCUUAGAGAAAAGGACAGGGAGCUUAGAGAAAAGGAAAGGGAGAGGGAGAGGGAGCCAAAGGAACGAGACAGAGAAAGCAGAUAUGCUAGAGCAUUCAGAUGGUCUUUCUGGCAAUUGAGCCAGGCACAGGAACUCAGAAGAUAUAAAGAAAGAAAGGAAGAAGCAGUGGAGCCUGAGGUUGAUCCUGAACGUGAUCAGAGGACAGUAUUUGCCUAUCAGAUAUCUUUAAAGGCGGAUGAAAGAGAUGUCUAUGAAUUUUUCUCUAGGGCUGGCAAGGUGCGAGAUGUACGUCUCAUCAUGGAUCGCAAUUCAAGACGUUCAAAAGGAGUUGGGUAUAUCGAGUUCUAUGAUGCGAUGUCAGUGCCUAUGGCGAUAGCACUCUCUGGACAGCUCCUCCUUGGUCAACCAGUGAUGGUGAAACCUUCUGAAGCUGAAAAGAAUCUUGUUCAGUCAACUACUGCUGUGACAUCAGGUGGACUUACAGGCCCCUACUCAGGAGGGGCUAGAAGGUUGUAUGUUGGCAACCUGCACUUCAACAUUACAGAAGAUCAACUUCGUCAGGUAUUUGAACCAUUUGGCGCUGUGGAGUUGGUGCAAUUGCCUCAUGAUGAAAGCGGGCAUUGCAAAGGUUUUGGUUUUGUCCAGUUUGCACGUCUUGAAGAUGCCAGAAAUGCAUUAAACUUGAAUGGACAAGUUGAGAUUGCAGGCAGGCCAAUCAAGGUUUCAGCUGUCACUGAUCAAACUGGAACACAAGAUGGCGGGACAAAUGUUGGUGAUUUUGAUGAUGAUGAAGGUGGUGGCUUGGCCUUGAAUGCACGUUCUCGGGCACUUUUGAUGCAGAAAUUAGAUCGUACUGGCACUGCCUCAAGUAUUGCUGGUUCACUAGGCACCCCUACUCUACCAACAGCACCGAUCCUUGGGGCCACACCUGUAGUGUCUCCUGCUGUUGCUCCUCUUUUAUCAGGUUCUGUUCCAGCUAUACCUGGACUUCCAGUUCCAGGCCUUCAACUUCCGGCCACUGCAAUUCCAACCAUGGAUACAAUUGGAGUCCCAAGUGAUUGUUUAUUUUUGAAAAACAUGUUUGAUCCAAAAACAGAGACCGAACCAGAUUUUGAUUUGGAUAUUAAAGAAGAUGUCCAAGAGGAAUGCUCAAGGUUUGGAAAUGUGAAGCAUAUUUAUGUCGACAAGAACAGUGCCGGUUUUGUUUACAUGCGAUUUGAGAAUAUGCAAGCUGCAAUAAAUGCACAGCACGCUCUCCAUGGAAGAUGGUUUGCCGGGAAGUUGAUCACUGCAACUUUCAUGGUGCCCCAGACCUACGAGGCUAAGUUUCCUGACAGCAGAUAGGAGUAAAUGAUUUUUGGUGUGCAAAUUCACCACCUCGUCUGUUAAUUUUGACUGUGUCGUGUUGCGCUGUUGUUUAGGUUAGGUGAGAUAGAUGUUGGAAGAGACAUGUACAUGAUAUUACUGUCAAGUUUCGUAAGAAAUUCAGACCGAUUUGUGUUUUGUA